GUCUGCAUCGGCCAUGCAAUCCCGCGGCCCACGUACUCGCCGUCUCCGCCAUUCCCUCCCCGGCCGAGCUCUAUAACCGCCGUCGCCUCCUCCUCCUCUCCACCUGGCUCGCCACUCCACCAUCCACGAUCUAUCCCGCCUAUUAAUUCGCUCCUUUUCCGCCCCUUUCAUUGCAUCAUCCUAUAUUCCUAUCGAUCGGCGCCGUCGAGAAAGGAAUUGAAAUGCACCGGCCGGCCAUGGCGAACCGCCUCGUCGCCCUUUUGCUGUUUCUUGCUCUCUUCGCCGCAUUUGGCGAGCGUUCCGAUGCCAUCACCUUCGAGGUCGGUGGAGAGCACGGCUGGGCCGUGCCGCCGGCCAACGAGGCCGGCGUGUACAACGAGUGGGCGUCCAAGAACCGCUUCCUCGUCGGCGACAGCGUCCAUUUCAAGUACGCUAAGGACUCGGUGAUGGUGGUGACGGUGGACGACUACGACAAGUGCCAGGCGUCGCAUCCCAUCUUCUUCUCCAACAACGGCGACACGGGGGUGCGGCUUGACCGGCAGGGCCUCUUCUACUUCAUCAGCGGCGUCGCCGGCCACUGCGAGCGCGGGCAGAGGAUGAUCAUCAAGGUCAUCGGCCACGACGCGCCUCCCGCGCCGGCGCCAAACGAGGCCAGCCCGCCCCCGCCGUCGUCCGCUCCUCCUACCCCACCUCACCCCAGCGGCGCCACCGGAACCGGACUCGCCGGCGCCAUCGCCGUCGCAGCCGUGCUGCUGCCGGUCGCAGUGCUCGGCGCCUGAUCGCCGCAGUUUGUUCUAUACAUUUUCUUGUACAUUGUUAAGUUUGUGUGGCUAUUUUUCUCUUCGAGAAAUACGUGUAAUCGUGUAUGCUUUGCCGUCCAAUUUUGCCGGUGAUUUUGUCGUUCUCAGCUGUUCCUUUACAGUGUGGAUCGCGUCGCUCGUUUUAGUUGGAUUUUAAUUAUUGCUUAUAUUUUCGCAUAUUUUCAAUGAUAUCAUCU